GUAUUUUCAGAUCUCUGAACGAAAUAAACCGGGAUAUUACAUUGUAUCUUUUGUUUUUUUGUUUUCAAGAGAGGUCAGGCAUGUCUUACGCAGGACAACGGAUGGCUUUUUGGACCGGUGUCUUUGUCUUUUGUGUGGCCUGGCCGGCUGCUUUGUCUGUGACGCGCUACUCCAUCGCCGAGGAGAUGGAGAGGGGCUCUGUGGUGGCCAACCUGGCCGCAGAUUUAGGACUGGAGCCUGGAGGAUUGGCGCAACGAGAGGUAAAACUUGAUAUUUUCCACAACAAAAAAUACCUGGACGUCAAUAAAAAGACGGGGGAGCUGUUCGUUGUGGAGAAAAUGGACAGGGAGUAUCUCUGUCCGUCAAAACCAGCUUCUUGUCUCCUCAAGCUUGAUGUAGUCAUAGAAAGCCCGUUGCGCAUUUUUAACAUUGAGCUUGGAAUAUCCGAUAUAAACGACAAUGCGCCACAUUUUAGACGAGAUAGAGUUGAAUUGGACGUGUCUGAAUCGGCCACACCAGGGGAGAGGUUCUCCCUCCCUAAUGCAGUGGAUCCAGAUGUUGGCAUUAACACAGUAAAAACAUACAAACUCAGCCCGAGCCAGCAUUUCACUAUCGAAAUCCAAACAGGCACUGACGGGACGCAGUAUGUAGAUUUAGUGCUGACCAAGGCUUUGGACCGAGAGGAGACUGCGGUGCAUAAUUUAGUACUAACAGCAGUGGACGGUGGUGAUCCGGUGCGCUCCGGCACCGCUAAUAUUAUUGUGAGAGUGCAGGACACAAACGAUAACCCGCCUCGGUUUGACAAGCAGAUUUACACAAUUGACAUGACAGAGAAUUCUCCAAUUGGGACCGUGGUGAUGAAGCUCAACGCUACAGAUCUUGACGAGGGUCCAAACUCGGAGCUGGUGUACUCCUUCACACUAUACACAUCAGAAAAAACCCAAGAUGUGUUUGCUUUAAACCCAAGCACAGGUGAGAUAACAGUAAAGGGGACUAUCGACUAUGAAGAUAUGAAGUUUUAUGAGAUGCACGUCGAAGCGAGAGACAAAGGCGAGUUCCCCCUCCAGGGACAGUGUAAAGUAGUCGUCCAUGUCACGGAUAUGAAUGACAAUUACCCAGAAAUCACCAUCCAGUCUGUGAAAAACACCGUGAACGAGGACGUCCCCGUUGGAACUGUUAUCGCCCUGGUGGCCAUAAGUGACAGAGACACUGGCGAUAAUGGGAACGUCAACUUAUACAUUCAUGACUCAAUCCCUUUUGUUCUAAACAAGUCCUCGGACGGACCGAGGCAUUACAAGCUCCUUGUGUCCGAGCCUUUGGAUCGGGAAUCAGUACCUGAUUACGAAAUCACACUCAUAGUGAGAGACUCAGGAACACCAUCUCUAUCUGAUAAUGAAACAAUUACUCUGCAUCUGCUGGAUGUGAAUGAUAAUGUUCCACACUUCCCUCAGUCCUUUUAUACCAUACGUGUGAUGGAGAAUAACGCUCCUGGCGCCUUGCUCAGUUCACUCAGUGCGUUUGACCCUGACCUCCAUGAGAACCAGUACCUAGUUUACUUCAUCCUCGAGAAGGAGAUAGCCAACACCUCCAUGUCCAUGCUGUUCUCCAUCAAUCCGGAGAACGGGAACCUUUACGCACUAAAGACUUUUGACUACGAGAUGGAGAAGGAUUUUCUUUUCCACAUUGAGGCCAGAGACUCCGGCUCUCCUCCACUCAGUAGCAACGUCACAGUCCACAUCAUUAUCGUCGACCAGAACGACAACGCUCCAGUUAUUGUCUCUCCUUGGCGAGCGCACGGCUCCGUGGUGGAGGAGAAGAUCCCCAGAUCCACUGAUAAAGGAUCUCUGGUUGCCAAGGUGAUAGCUUUGGACGUGGACUCGGUGCACAACUCUCGAAUCACCUACCACUUCCUGCAGGUGACUGAUGCCACCUUGUUCAGUCUGGACCAGUACAACGGAGAGAUCCGAACCAUGAGGAUGUUCAGUUACAAAGAUCCUCGCCACCAGAGACUGGUUGUUGUUGCCAAGGACAACGGGGAUCCGGCUCUCUCUGCUACAGUCACCAUCAAGCUGUCCACGGUGGAGACUGCUGUGAAGGCCUACUCGGACAUGACUGAGGUCCCUCUGGAAUACGACAUUUUCACAGACCUCAACCUGUAUCUGGUCAUCGGUCUGGGCUCAGUGUCCUUCCUGCUGCUCAUCACCAUCUUGGUCACCAUCGUGCUCAAAUGUCAGAAUACCAAGCCCAGCAUGUCGGCUCCUCCCAGCAGGAACAGUGUGAUCAGUGAGAGGAACUCAACAAUCGCAGAUUCCACUCUGGUGUCCAACGACGCCUACUGGUACAGUCUGUUUCUAGCCGAGACCAGAAAAGGAAAGAUGGUGGUCCGGCAGCCUGUGCCAAAGGGUUCCAGAUACAUGGUGUCCAGUAUUCCCAGGAGCACAGGCAUGUCUGAGACUAGUGGCUCUGCUACUUCAACCUUACAGGUAAGCACAUUUUGA